AUGAAAGUCCAAUACUAAACAGAUUGCAACAAUAGAGUUACACAAGCUCCUUAGAAAAAGAAGCAAUUUCAAUAUAACACCAAAUAACCAGAAAUUAAUGUUCUGUAAAACUAUGAAUCUCAAAGCAAUAAAAUUGAAUCUAUACCUGGACACAUACGAUCUAAAUCUUAUGAACAUGAUUAUUUUACAAAAGCCUUAAAUACAUUCGGAAUCAAUGCAGAUUAGUCAUAAUUAUAGCCUUUAAAAACUAAACGAUAACAUAGUAUUUCAUAAAAAGAAAAUGAUCCUGGAUUUUUAUCGCCUAAAUUCAGAUUUGAAAGUUGCGACACUGUUGUUACUAGGAAAUCUUAAAAUAGUGUUAUUAAUGAAUUGUAAGAAUGUGUAGAUCUUUCAAAAGUAACUGAACUCUCGAUGCAAUCGUAAACGUCUCCUUGUAAAGUUUACAGUGAAUUUUAAUAAAAAAUAGAAGCCAAAGAUAGUUUAAUUGAUGAACUCUAAAAAUAGUUAACAAGCACUUUGAAAAAUAUGACUUAAUAAAUUGAUUUAUUGAGAAAUGAGAAAAAUAAGAUUAUUUAAUAGCAAGUUAGAUAAAUUGAAAUUUAUGAAUAAUAAUUAUAGGAGUGUAGAUAGGAGAUCUAAUCAAAAAAUAAAGAAUUAAUGUCUCUCAAAAAAAGUCAAAAAGAUAUUAGAAAAAUAACAGACAUAAGAUAAGAAAAGCAUCUUAUUAAUUCAAUUCCUUAAAACUUCAUCUCUAAAAAAGAGUGUUCGUGUUAAUAACUUGAAAGAGAAAAUAAAGCUUUAUUGGCUAAAGUAGAUUAAUUUAGACAGUAACUUCAUGAACUCAAGUAGAAUCUUGAAUUUAAUAAUCUAUCGAUUAAUAAUUAGAUUUCUGUAAUUGAGAAAUGCGAUUUAACACAAUUUGAAAAAACUUUUAAAUAAUUAGCAGAUGAACUUAACCUAACUAUUGAUAGCAAAAAUAUCAAUUCAAGCUUUAGUCUUUUAAAUCAGGAAGUUAUCGAAGGUGUUAAAUCACUAAAAUAAUAAUUUAAAGAGAACGAAAAGUUUAUUAGAUGUUUAAAAGAUCUAGUUAUUUAAUGUGCCCCUCAAGAUUACUUUUGCUAAUCAGAUCCAAGUUUAAAGGAAGUUUGGAAAUUUAUCAAAUAGAUUUUGCAAUCUUAUUUAGAGCAUAAAAAAUAAGCGUAAUUAAAUGAAGAUUUAGUCUUUACAUUAUGCAAAUAUUUUAGAUGUAAUAAAGGCGAAUUGAACCAUAAAGGAGCUUGUUUAGUAGUGGAUUAAGAGGUGUAUUUAAGAAUAGUUGAUAAAAUUAAAAGGAUAUUGAAUUUAACUAAUUUAAAUAAUAUUAGGGAACUUGAUAGAAAACUAGAUUAUUAUUUGUAAUGA